AGCAGCCCCGCGUCCUUUUCCCUCUCUCAUUCCGCACCCCAAGUCGGGGCUCGUGGCCUUCCCUUUUCCCCUCACACCUUGGCCUAGAGUUCCUUUCUCCUUUUGUUUGUUACCGGUAUUUUUUCCUCACGUGACGCGUGGGGCGGGCCCCCGCCUGGGGCGGAGGUUACUGGGAAGCUUCCGCCCUUCGACCCCUGCGGACCCUGGGUUGCGGGGGACCCUCUCGAGGCUCUUUUGCCCUGUCAGGGGCUGCAUGCCUGCUUUGGGCCCUCGCCUCAGGUGAGGCUGCUGUUUGUCAGAAGGAAGCUUUUGUACCAUUUGCCUUCAGACACAGUCUAUCUGCGUGUUCUAGAGUUUUAUUAUUCAAAAAAUAAAUGUCACUUAUUUGAUUGAGGUGGUGCCAUGCAGCAAGAAGCAGAGAGAUGCAGAGUUCGAGCCAGAAGACCUGACAUGGCACUUUAUGUACCUAAAGCUCGAAGGGGUGUAGUACUCUUCAAGUCAGGUGAUGAGGAAAAAAGCUGUGGUCCAUCUAACUGCGUGGUGAAAGAAGAUCAAAAAGAAGAUUGUCUCUCCCAAAAGGAGAUCUUUAGAGACAAACCUGAGGCUCAAAGACUAAGUUUUAAUCCUGAUAAAAAGGAACACAAUCAUAGGGAAGGAAAGAAAUCUUCAACAAAAUUAAGAAAAGAUACAUGCCUUCAAGAAAGAAAUAAAGAUAGGGUUUGUACUAAGAGGGGAACCACAGAAUCCAAAGAAGUAUUAUCCCAAGGACGUCAGCAAAGAGGCUCAAAUCCUGGGAUUAUACCUAGUGUAUUUUUACAAAGACAUUUUAAACCAAAGAAGGUGGAGUGUUUGGAGGUUGGAAGCACAGAUGGAGCAGGACAUGAGAGGUUGCUUCCAUUUCAGUCUUGUUCAGAAAUCAGUGAAGCUCAGUUUCUAAAUAAACCAUUCCAAAAUAUGGAAUUCUGUGAUUUCAGUAGGCAUGAACUAAGUGGGGAAACAUUUGAAGACAGAGAUUUGGAAAGCAGAAUUGAAGCUGAUGCCAGGGUUGUGGAGAUACUAUCCGAGUUUCCUAGAGUUUUUAGUUCUGUGUUGAAACCUGAGAGUGUGCUUGCACCGGUAAAACUAGACUCUGAUUCUGGACUUGUACAACAAGGCAUGCAAACAUCAGGUGGAAUGUUGAAGCUCAGCAAUGGAGGCAUCACCACUGUUUCUGUUCCUGGAAGUCCGGAUGGUGUCACUGAUCAAACUUGUGUAGACUUUGAAGCUGAGAAUGUUGGUAAUGUAGCAAACAGUACAGAUUUCAUCUUGGGUCAAAAAGGUAUAGAUUCCAGUCCUGAGGCUGUGGGUUACAUCUCUCAUAAAACGACUGUAAUCAGCAAAUUAGAGGACACAAAUGGCAUUUUUGAGCCAACAGUGAUUAGAGAGUAUGAGGAGAAUGACAACACUACUGAUGAGUUAUGUGUAAAGUAUGAACCUUCUGAUACAGCUGUCCUGGCUCAUGAAACUGAUACAGAUCAUGGGUCUAAGAGUGUAGGUGACAUUACCAAUAAGGCAUGUAUGAUGGACAUUACAGAUGUCAUAUCUGAUCAAAUAACUGUAGGCAGCCCUUGUGUAGUUGCAGUUAGAAUAGCUGAUGAGGACUGUACCAACAGAAGUAGUUUCUCAAAAUAUUUAGAAAUGAGCGCAGAUACAGCUCCUGUUCAUGUAGCUGUGAGAGGGAAUGACACUGAAAAUUUCAGUAACCUGAUUGCUUGCUCAGAUAUUUAUGCUGGGAGUAUUUCAUCUAGUUUCACAGAGUCAACAGGAAAGUUGAUAGAGAGCUUGUCAGAUUGUGCUUCCUCCUUACCUAUAAAGAAGAUUGCUGGUAGUAAUUGUAGCACUUUUUUGGACUCUGAACUCUGUAUGUUAAAUGGAACAAAAGUCCUUUCAGACAGUGCCUUGGGCAACGAUCUAGAUUGUACUGGUGAUAUAACAGAGGCAUUGCAUGAACUAAAAACUGCUGAAGAGUUCAAAACAAAAGAGGAAGAUGACUCAGAGAAUAUAGAGUUUGGUAUAUCCUUUCCUGAUAUAGAAUCAGUAUCUAUGGAAACAUCCAUAGAACCGAAAGCAACUGAAACUUCUCACAUGGAAGGAAGUGCUGCUGCUGAGGAGAGCUGGGAGUCUAUGUUUAAUGAUGAUGGUGACUGCCUGGAUCCACGUCUUCUACAAGAGUUAUCAGGGAAUAUGAAGAAUAGAGAAAGCAUCCAGGAAUCUAGAUUUGAUUAUUACAACCAUGAAGUUCCUGAUAUUGACCUCAGUGAUUGUGAAUUCCCACAUGUCAUUGAAAUUUAUGACUUUCCCCAAGAAUUUCGUACUGAAGACCUCCUACGGGUUUUCUGCAGUUAUCAAAAGAAAGGAUUUGAUAUUAAAUGGGUGGAUGAUACACAUGCCCUAGGAGUAUUCUCCAGUCCGAUUACAGCUCGUGAUGCUCUGGGUAGUAAACAUGCCAUGGUGAAGAUCCGGCCCUUGUCACAGGCCACAAGAGCAGCUAAGGCCAAAGCUAGAGCUUAUGCCGAGUUCCUCCAGCCAGCAAAGGAGCGUCCUGAGACUUCAGCAGCCUUAGCCAGACGGUUGGUUAUCAGUGCCCUUGGGGUUCGAAGUAAGCAGAGCAAAACUGAAAGGGAAGCAGAGCUCAAGAAACUGCAAGAAGCCCGAGAGAGAAAACGGUUGGAAGCCAAGCAACGGGAAGACAUCUGGGAAGGCAGAGACCAGUCCGCAGUUUGAACAUCACUCAAUAAAGGGGAUUAUUCCAUGAAUUCAGAAAAUAUUUCCAUAGUCUUCAGAAAAGAGGAUGCUUCCAGAGCUCUGUGUACAUGCAGAUGUGCAUAUUAGUGAAAGAAAGAGAUAAAGCAAUCAAGACAAGAUUGACUGGGUAUAGAAAGAAGAUAGACUCCUGUCUGUCUUUACUCCUAAAUGCAGUUCUUUGGAAUCGCCUUCCUGUUUUGGGCAUGGAAAGGAGCCGUCAGCUAGGAAGAAACAUGGAAGAUGUGACUUCUAAGAGUCAUCUGGACAGGGCAAGUCAUGCUAGCAUGGGUCACAAGAUGUUUUAAGCAAAUACAAAACAGAGGAUUCAAACCUGCGAUGAUGGGAGAUUUAGGCCCUGCAAAGGCAGGGUGUUUCGGAAUACCUCACAAAGCUGAGAACAGCAAUACUUGUGGGGGGUGUGGGGUAAGCAAUUAGCACAAGGAGACAGAACAGUGUCUGGUAUACUUGGUAUUCACAGAAUCUACACUGCCAGUUUCAGAACUCCAAAGUUGGUGAACUGUAGCAGAUAUGGGUAUUUGGACUCCAGAGUUCGUACUGAGCUGAGUGCCUGGCGCUGCUCCAGCUGCACAGCAGCCAGGGGCAUGCCAGCUUCAUUGCUCGUAGGAAGCCAGUCUUGGGAGCUGCAUGCCAGUUCCAGUUUAAGCGUACUUAUCAUGUUGUAAGAGGGAGACAUUAAAGCCCACUUUAUGACAUAGAUCACUCUGGUAUUUGUCAAUUUUGUCAUUCCCACAAAGAAACUGGAGAGUAGCUCUCCUCUUAUCUUCAUCCCUAUAAUUCUGUGCAUGGGUUCAGUGGAUCUGUUGGUUUUAUCAAACCUCACUGAGGACAGAGCUGAUCAUCUCUCUGCCCCAGAGUAUACUACAAAAGUGCCUUUCCUGGAAUUGGUAUGUGGCAGCUCCUCUCCCCUUCUUGCCUUCUUUAUGGACCCCUCACCCCAACCUCUUGCCUUUUCCCAUUUGUGUCAAAUGUGACAUCCUGCAGAGGGCAUCUGGCACACAGCAUGUUCUUGGUAUGAUCUUCUCAGCCUGUGCCAGAGGCACUUGGCAAGCAGCACGAGACCAUCCAUUACAAUGAAGAGCGUCCAGGAUAAAAUAAACACCCCUGGGCAGUGAGAGAUUCCCUAAAGGACACGGAGAAGUCAGAGCCAUCAGCUCAGGCUUUAAUCGUCUCAUAUCUGCAUUCUCAGUGUUUUUGGAAAGUAGUUCUGCACUGAAGAAAUGGUAGUGCUAGACCUUAAGAUGCUGAGGUAGCAAGAAAUAGUGUCUCAUUGUGCUUUCAACAUGGGCUGUAGCCUCUUUUUUGUAUAAUUUAGUGCCCAUGACAGUGAUGGAUUAUUAGCAUUGCCUAGAACGUGGUGGAGUGGGGCUCUGUUCAAACGUUCCUCAAAUGACACUGGCUUUGGGUCUUAGCCCUGACCCAGCUAUCCCUGCUGCUAUUCUGGUCUUAGAGCCCUCCCGCAGUUCCUCAGCAUUGUUUUUCUCAUUCUUGGUCAGUUCUGAAAGUGUCCCUUGUUCAUGUUCAAUGCCUCUGUUCCAAGUUUGAGGGAUUAAAUAAAUCCUUCUCUUGACCUUCUGUCCCAGUACUACUUAAACUAGUGUCCCUCUCUUUGGCUUGUAGCUGCAGGAUUUGUGCUCUCUGUCUUCACAGAACAGACUUCUCUAAGAUAGGCAGGUCUCCUUCAACAGUAUGGCUGCAUUUGAAAGGAAAUGCAGGGAAUUGUAGUGAGGCUUCAUACUGAAUGGUAUACCUCUGAGGUAUACCUUUGCUCUAUUUUGAUUUUUCAAGGCUGAGAGUGACCUUGGGCAGUA